AUGAAUGCUGGGCGGCUUGUGCCCUGGGGAAGGCGGGAGGACGGGGUGCAGGAAGCUUGGAAAAACUAUCAUCUGAGCCUGCCUUGGCUGUAUUUUCUCAUUCCUGCCCAUUCACUACAGCCCAGGUCCUGUCGGGCUCGCUCUUUCCUGCAGUCCUGUCUUGAAUGCCCUGAACUCUACUCUGAUUCAUGUCCCCAGGCCUCUAGCUUGUUUGUCUUACCAGAAAUGUGUGGAAUUUGGAAUUUCUCACAAGUGGUGGAGUCUGUGGUAGUGAAACCUGAGGGAAGGGGACAGGGCACAACCUUUAAAAGAAUGACAGAGCCCGAGGACACGACAUAA